CCCUACCUAGGAACACUACAGAGUGUAUAAAAUAACGACAUCUACAGCCUAUAUAGUGCACUAUUUAUGCAUCACGGAGCUGUUUGGUCUUCUGCCGCACUCUUGUCGUCAUUAAGGUAUUACUCGCUUCAGGUUUAGACCCAAAUUCUCUCUCUCGAGACGACUUAAAGAGCACUCUGGACCGCUUGAAUGGACAAAUAAGGGGCACCGGCGGGAUGGACAUCACGAGCCGUUGCACCCUGGGCGACCCCAACAAGCUGCCGGAGGGCGUGCCGCAGCCGGCCCGCAUGCCCUAUGUGUCAGACAAGCACCCGCGGCAAACUCUGGAGGUGAUCAACUUGCUGCGUAAGCACCGCGAGCUGUGUGACGUCGUGCUGGUGGUAGGCGCCAAGAAGAUCUACGCACACCGUGUCAUUCUUUCAGCCUGCAGCCCCUACUUCAGGGCCAUGUUCACUGGCGAGCUGGCCGAGAGCCGGCAGACUGAGGUGGUGAUCCGCGACAUCGACGAGCGCGCAAUGGAGCUGCUCAUCGACUUCGCCUACACCUCACAGGUGACCGUGGAGGAGGGAAAUGUGCAGACGCUGCUGCCCGCCGCCUGCCUGCUGCAGCUGGCUGAAAUCCAGGAGGCUUGCUGUGAGUUCCUUAAGCGCCAGCUCGACCCGUCCAACUGCCUGGGCAUCCGGGCUUUUGCUGACACGCAUUCAUGCCGAGAGCUGUUGAGAAUCGCUGACAAGUUCACCCAGCACAACUUUCAGGAGGUCAUGGAGAGUGAAGAGUUCAUGCUGCUCCCAGCCAAUCAGCUGAUCGACAUCAUUUCGAGUGACGAGCUAAAUGUGCGCAGUGAGGAGCAGGUGUUUAAUGCGGUCAUGGCCUGGGUUAAAUACAGCAUCCAAGAGCGACGGCCUCAGCUGCCUCAGGUCCUUCAGCAUGUCCGCCUUCCUCUGCUGAGCCCAAAGUUCCUUGUGGGAACAGUGGGCUCAGAUCCACUAAUUAAGAGUGAUGAGGAGUGUAGAGACCUGGUGGAUGAAGCGAAGAACUAUCUUCUGCUUCCUCAAGAACGCCCGCUCAUGCAAGGACCUCGUACCCGACCCCGCAAACCCAUUCGCUGUGGAGAGGUUUUGUUUGCUGUAGGGGGAUGGUGCAGUGGUGAUGCCAUCUCUAGUGUAGAACGCUACGACCCCCAGACUAACGAGUGGCGCAUGGUGGCGUCCAUGAGCAAGCGGCGCUGCGGAGUCGGCGUCAGCGUCCUGGACGACCUGUUGUAUGCUGUGGGCGGCCAUGAUGGCUCUUCUUACCUGAACAGUGUAGAGAGGUAUGACCCUAAAACUAACCAGUGGAGCAGUGAUGUGGCACCCACCAGCACAUGCAGGACCAGUGUGGGUGUCGCUGUGUUGGGGGGUUACUUGUAUGCAGUUGGUGGACAGGACGGAGUCUCGUGUCUGAACAUAGUUGAAAGAUAUGACCCUAAAGAGAAUAAGUGGACACGGGUGGCAUCCAUGAGUACGCGGCGUUUGGGGGUGGCAGUAGCUGUUCUGGGAGGAUUCCUCUACGCAGUGGGAGGCUCAGACGGGACUUCUCCUUUAAAUACAGUGGAGAGGUAUAACCCUCAGGAAAACCGCUGGCACACAGUAUCACCAAUGGGCACACGGCGGAAACAUCUGGGCUGCGCCGUUUACCAAGACAUGAUCUACUCAGUCGGAGGCCGCGACGACACCACAGAACUGAGCAGCGCUGAGAGAUACAACCCGAGAACCAAUCAGUGGUCUCCUGUGGUCGCCAUGACGUCCAGACGGAGCGGGGUCGGUUUAGCGGUGGUGAAUGGCCAGUUGAUGGCAGUUGGUGGAUUUGAUGGCACUACUUACUUGAAGACAAUAGAAGUCUAUGAUCCUGACGCUAACACAUGGAGGCUUUACGGUGGAAUGAACUACAGGAGAUUAGGAGGAGGGGUUGGUGUCAUUAAAAUGACUCACUGUGAAUCACAUAUAUGGUAAUACCCUCAUCCACCCCCUCAUAGAUGCCUCAUUAUAGCUUGUGCCUCUCAUUGAGACAUUAAGAAGAAAAAAGACUCCAUUAUUUAAGGCUAUUGCUUUACAUCUCAAGACAAUGAGAUCACUAAGGAGAGGAUGAACAUCUGUCGCUCUCAUGUGGAGCUGAUCUGUGAAGACUUUCACAUUCAGGGCUGGAUUUCAUCGCUCUUUUCAUAGGACUUGCCCACAGCCAAAGGCUAGCUUCCAUACGAGAGAGAGAGAGAGACGGAGAGAGAGUGAGCUCUGACGCUCACUGCAGCAUUGCUCCUGUCUCAAACACAGGAAAAAAGUCACAUUUAAAGAUACACUUCUCUGGAAGGAUCUGUACUGCCUAGUAUUUGUGAUUUUUUUUGUUUUUUUUUGUUUUGUUUUUUGGGAGACGUGUCGUGGUAAGCUGAUGCUGCGUGAGGUGGCGUCACGGUCUCAUGCUCAUAUGGACAGUAGCUUGUCUGAAUGGUGUUUUAAUCUUAUGAACUGGAUGCACUGUGAUUUUUUUUAUUUUUUUUUCUUCCUUUGUGCAGUUUCUUUUUUUGAGUUGUAAAACGAGCUUUGUUUUUCUACCUUGCCUCAUCAGCCACGGAUUCAGCAAAGCAUGUUUCUUUUCUUUUUUUUUUUUUUUUUGUUAUAGUGGUGCUUAUCAAAACAGUAGAAUAAGAAAUAUGCGAGCCUUUGUUGAAGGUGUGAAUGAAUGAAGGCGCAUGCAAGUCAUUUUUCAAAAGCGGUUUCUACCAUUUCAACACUAUCACUUUUAUUUUCUUGUUUACUUUAAUAUCAUAUGAUGCAUCGGUCUGUGCACUUUAAUCCAAGACAAGUUCAGUUUGGUCACUGUUCUGUUUUUAACACAGUGAGACAAUGUCGACAUUUUU